AUGCAGCGUAACCUCCGCUCCAUCAUCUCCGCAGCGCUGCUGGCAGCGCCCUUUGUCAAUGGCCACUACAUCUUCUCCCAGCUGAUCGUCAACGACUCCCCCGUAGGAUCCGACUACUCGUACAUCCGCAAAAACACAAACUCCUACAUGCCCUCCUUCACCGCCGACGUCGUCGACUCGCCCGAUCUCAUCUGCAACCAAGGCGCGCAGACGGCCUACUCGGAGACGUACGACGUCGUCGCAGGCGACAAGAUUGGCUUCAAGCUCUCCUUUGGCGAGUUCAUUGAGCAUCCCGGCCCGGCGUUCGUUUACAUGUCCAAGGCUCCGGAUACCGUCGACACUUAUGAUGGUACGGGAGAUUGGUUCAAGGCUUUUGAGAGCGGUGUCACUGGUGAUGCGGCUACGGAUACCAACUGGGCUUCGUGGCAAAAGGACCGCAUUGAGUUCACUAUUCCGGCGGAUAUCCCUGAUGGCGAGUACCUAGUCCGCCCAGAGCACAUUGCUAUCCACGAGGGCCACGUCGGCAAGGCCCAGUUCUACAUGGAGUGCGCCCAGCUGCGUAUUACUGGCGGUGGUAGCGGAACUCCAUCUCCAUUGGUGCAGAUUCCCGGUCUCUACAGCGCACAGGACCCAGGUAUUGCUUUCGACAAGUGGAGCGGCAACACCGGCACUUACGAGAUGCCCGGUCCAGCUGUCUGGGGAGGCGGCGGUGCUUCAACCAGCGCUGCUUCCACCACCGGCGGCUCUGCAUCCACUGGCUCAACCUCUGGCACCACUGGCGGUGACGCUGCUGCUGCUGUUGGUGGUUCCGCUUCUGGAGCUACUUCAGGAUCUACUUCAGGAUCCGCCUCGACUGGCGCUACAAGCGGCUCUUCCUCAACUGGUGCUGAUGCUGCCACCGGCGGUUCUGCUUCCACAGGUGCUAGCACCGGUGCUGCUGCCGGCGGUUCCUCAUCCACCACCGGCGGUGCUGACUCCGGUUACGCUUCUACUGGUGGUUCGGCUGCUGCUGCGCCUGCCUCUGGAAGCAGCGGCUCGACUUCUGGAACUACUGGCUCUGCUGCUGGCGGUGCUGCUGCUGGUUGGGGUGGCUCUGCAAACACCGGUGGUUGGUCUUCCARGGGCCACGCCCGUGAGUUUGAGGCUUCUUGCUAG